GAAAAUCUCAUAGGAUAUUGGUUUUUGGGAACCAUUUGAAGUAAUGUUACCUAAUACAGAUAAUUAUGACUUAAUUGAUUUUUGAUUACCAACAUAUUGGGGAAAAAAACUAGUAAGAAAGAAACAAGUAUUUACGAGCCCACUAAUCCUGUAAGAGAUGUCUUGAAAUCUCAAAUCAUGAAUUUCCUUUAAUAAGUGCAAAAAUGUCAAAUAUUGAUGUCUUAAUUGGAAACCCCUGUCAACCAAAUCAGUAGUGUAAUAUUUUAUCGUAUUUCAAAGAAGAGUCAUAAAAUGGAUUAUCAUUGAUUUUCUUUAUAAAUCUGGAACUAUUUCAAUACAUCUUCGUAAACACGUUUAGAAAUAUUGAUAUUUUUAUUCCACUUAAAACUUUCUGACAAGCUAUAAGGUUGGCUAUGAGAUUGAUAUUAAAGUACUACAAUUGAAUAAUUAUCUAGUUUGAGUGCAUUUUCUUUGUUAUUAUAUACCUUUGUAAGUUUUCAACUUCGAGUUCCAUUACCAAUUUUCAUUUUGAGAAAAUAUAAACGACGUUAUGGACGUAAGGUUACAGAAAGAAAGAGUUACUGGAAUUUUUUGUUGUUGAAAAUCGCAAUUAUAUUACCAUAUCACAUCGAAAUAUAUGAGAAAAUAUUAUUUACAAUGAAGGACUACUUAUCAGGUGUCGUAAUAUUGUCCCUUAUAUACAAGUCUUUUGCUAGGUCCGAAACCGCUAUGUCUCGUUAUUAUAAAGAAAAAAGUGAAUUCAUAGAUGAAGUUUUCAGUGCACAACCAAUAGAAGAAAGAGGACCGGUAACUCUUAUUGAGUGUGCCAGUAAAUGCAAAAGGUGUACGUGUUUCGGUUUUAAUACCUUGACAAAAAAGUGUCGUGUAUAUGAAUCAUGUGACGAAGAGAAUGUCAAUGGAAUGGAAAGAGGGUGGAAAUACUUUGUACCUAACAAGUUAGCAAUGCCCAAAAACUGCCGUGAGUUGUAUGAACAAGGAUUGGCUACUUCUGGUGUUUACAACAUUUGUCCUUGGGACACGUGUGAUCCAAAUUUUCGGUGUGUUGAAGUUUUCUGUGAUAUGCAUACCGACGGUGGAGGCUGGACUGUCCUUCAAAGACGCAUUGAUGGAUCACUUAACUUCAAUCGAUCUUGGAUAGAAUAUAAGAACGGGUUUGGGAUUCCCCAACACAAUCUCUGGAUCGGAAAUGACAAUAUUCAUCAACUCACGCGGAAGGAUAACGUUUCUUUGUACGUUUCAAUUAAAACGACAAACGGAGAAAUGAAACACCAAGUGUAUGAAAUUUUCUCUAUCUUUGAUGAGUCUAACAAAUACAAACUUACAUUGGGAGAUCCAACGACAGGAACGCUUGGUGACAGUAUGGUGAGUACAGAAUACACCGGAAAAAAUAACCGAAACCUUCCAGGCAUGCUCUUCACCACGUAUGAUCAAGACAACGACCGGAAGAGUAAUGGAAAUUGUGGCGCCAUCUAUGGAGGAGGGUGGUGGUUUAACUGGUGUUAUGUAGGUUACCUUAACGGACCGUGGGCAUCUUCACAGUGGAGCUCUCCAUGGUAUCCAUCCGUAACAUCAGGCACUUACAUACAGGAAAACCUCAUGAUGGUUAAACCUAACUAGACUAAUGUUCAAAGGGAUUGAAUAUAUAAUAUAUACAUGAAUUUUGCUUAUAUUGUCAAUGAGGCGGGAAUUGUGUGUCAAUUAGACACUUUGUUCAAUUAAAUUGCUAAUCUUUUUUCUUGGAAGUGAAUUCGGUGUUAUCAAUUCACAUGUAUCUUGAAAAACAAUACAAUUAGUUUCAGUUCGGUACUUAUAAUAUA